ACACUUUUCUUUCUCUCUUCUUUGAGUUAUCAUUAAUUUCAUCAAACACCUAGAAAAAAAUGGCUCUCUUCGUAUGAUGAAUUCGUAGAAGUUGCAAUAUCAAGCACAAUCAUAUAUAAGAAAUAUAUAUUAAUCCCUGUCCCUUAUAAAACGAUGUCUUCUCCAAAAAUUUCUAUCUUGUUUCUUUUUCUCAUUUUAUUCUCCUUACGGACAACAACAGCUUCUGCGACCAAAAAGUCUUAUGUGGUAUAUAUGGGAUCGCAUUCUCAUGGCUCAGCUCUUACUAGGGCUAUUCUCCAAAGGGUAUCAGAUUUCCACAUUAACUUCCUCGCAGCAUUCUUGGGAGGCAAAGAUAAAGCAAAGGAAUCCAUAUUUUAUUCAUAUAGAAGGCGUAUUAACGGUUUUGCAGCUGAUUUGGAAGAGAAAUUUGUAGCUCUAAUUCAAUUGCAUCCUAAGGUGAUUUCUGUUUUCCCAAAUGAAAGGAGAGAAUUACACACAUUCCAUUCUUGGGAUUUUUUGUCUUUGGAAGACAAUGGUGUAGUUACCUCAGGUUCUUUGUGGGAAAAAGCCAAGUUUGGGCAAGACAUUAUCAUUGGAAAUCUCGAUACAGGUGUUUGGCCAGAAAAUCCAAGUUUCAAUGACGAAGGUUAUGGGCCCAUUCCAUCAAGAUGGAAGGGUGAAUGUCAAAAUGACGAUAAGGUUCCAUUUUCUUGCAAUAGGAAGCUUAUAGGCGCCAGGUAUUUCCACAAAGGAUAUGAUGAUUUAAGGGGAAAUAAUAAUACAAGUAAUAUUCCCAACUCUCCCCGUGAUACCGAAGGGCAUGGAACACACACACUGUCCACUGCGGCUGGUAAUUUUGCUCCCAAAGCAAGUGUCAUAGGAGUGUACAAUGGCACUGCAAAAGGUGGUGCCCCUAAAGCUAGAGUUGCUGCUUAUAAGGUGUGUUGGCCAGCAAAACAAGGAGGAGGGUGUUUUGACGCUGAUAUCCUCAAAGCAUUCGAUUUCGCCAUAGAUGAUGGUGUUGAUGUGAUCUCUGCCUCUGUUGGUGGAAAACCACGGCCAUAUUUUAGAGACGCGGCGGCAAUCGGGGCGUUUCACGCCAUGAAAGAAGGUAUCGUAGUGGUGACUUCUGCAGGAAACUCAGGACCUAUGCUUUCAACUGUGGGCAAUAUUGCACCUUGGAUGAUAACCGUGGGAGCAAGUACCAUUGAUCGUGAAUUUGAAUCCAAUGUCAAACUUCAAAAUGGACUUACCAUCAAGGGAACGAGCAUUUCUUAUCCAUUGCCAGAAGAAAAAUUCUAUCCACUUAUUAAUGGGGAGCAAGCUAAAACUGCAAAUGCAACGGUUGGAGAUGCUAAGCUUUGUAAGCAAGCAACAUUGGAUGCUAGUAAGGUGAAAGGGAGGAUUUUGGUUUGUUUAAGGGGAAAUAACACGAGAGUAGAUAAAGGGCACCAAGCUGUAAUGGGAGGUGCUGUUGGAAUGAUACUUUGCAAUGACCAAACGAGUGGAAAUGACAUUAUUGCAGACGUUCAUCUCCUCCCAGCUUCCCAUAUUACUUACAACGACGGUCUUGCCGUUUUUGCCUACAUCAAUUCUACCAACAAUGCUAUGGGCUCAAUAACCGCACCAAAGGCAACAUUAGGUAUAAAACCUGCUCCAACUAUGGCUUCUUUUUCAUCCAGAGGUCCUAAUUUGAUUACACCUGCAAUCCUCAAGCCUGAUAUCACUGCACCUGGAGUGAAUAUUAUAGCUGCCUACACCGAAGGAAAUAACCCCUCAAAUGAAGUAUUUGACAAUCGUAGAACAGCUUACAAUGUAAUGUCUGGAACAUCAAUGUCGUGUCCUCAUGUCUCUGGGAUUGUAGGACUUCUUAAAGCUAUUCACCCUGAUUGGAGUCCUGCUGCCAUUCGAUCUGCUCUCAUGACUACUGCAAGCCCAAUAGAUAAUACAGGAAAACCGUUGCUUGAUACCACCAAGGAAGCAGCAACACCAUUUGCAUGUGGAGCUGGGCCUAUAAGACCAAAUCUUGCUUCUGAUCCUGGACUAAUAUAUGACUUAGAAGUGGAUGAUUAUUUGAACUUUUUAUGUGCAUCUGGCUAUGAUAGUCAAGUUAUUCGCACCUUCAACAAGGCUCCUUAUAUAUGUCCACCACUUAGUAAUUCAAGUCUUUUGGAAUUCAAUUAUCCUUCAAUAACUGUUCCAGCUCUUUCUGGCAACUUAAUUGUGACUCGUACACUGACAAAUGUCGGUCCGCCGGGUACUUUCACGGCUCGAGUUGGCCAGCCUCCUGGAAUCUCAGUAGUUGUGGAACCAAAUGUGUUGAUAUUCAAGAGCCAAGGUCAGAAGGAGAGGUUUAGUUUGCAUAUUAAAGCUGUGAAUACUACUUAUCUUGCUGGAGUGGAUCAACACAAAUAUGGAGAGUUGGUAUGGUCAGAUGGUACUCAUACUGUCAGAAGCCCGAUUACUGUGGAAAUUGCACGUUGAGAUUAUAUAUCACACUUUGAUUAUUCUUAGCUAACUAAACCAACCUCUGUGUAAAAGUGUAAGGUGAAUGAAUGAUCACCCUCACUUAGGUAGCUAGGUCUCUGUAUCAAGAAAGAAAAAAUACAGAACAACGAAAAAAUUAAAUCUAUUAGAUACUUCAUCCUUGUCCUCAGAGGACGGAUGGGUGGCUGGGCGAGGCAUAGGAGUGACAACUUGAAGAUUCUAUGUUCGGAUCUCAGUUGUAACACUCGCUGUAAGCUCAUCUGCUCCACCUUCAGUAAGCAGUUUACCCAACACAUGUACAAAGCUCUAUUUAUGUUGUUCAAGCAUCCAAUAUUGUUUCACUUUACAAAGUUCUGAGAAAGCAGAUUAUGUUUCACUUGGUUUCAAGUCUAUAUAUUGAAAACACAAGUGCAUUUUAUGUAUUCAAUCUCCUAAUGCAUACAUGAAAAUUUUUGAACAAAAGUUCUUAUAUAUUCUAUCCUACUUCUAAUGCAUAUAGGUAUCCACGUAUAAAACAGAAACAGGAAAAUAUUGAAAUAACACAGGGCUCGGAAUAACAACAGCAGCAUGAACUGCAAUUAUGUUACCAGUCGAUAAGAGUUCUAAAUUCUUCAUCACAGAAUACUAGUAGUUGGAAAAUAUUCUUCUCUUUAUGUCACCAGAUAUAAAGAUCAUAACUGCACAUUAGGUUUCUGCACCUCAACAACAUAAAUAGAGCUCCAUUCCUUGGUCUCCAUUAUCAUCUCAGUUACAUUCUUUCGAUUUCUUGAAACUGAACUCCACACGAAAGUUAUCACGUGCCAGUAGCUUAGCUAACAAAUGCUCUUUCCCUUUCAAGUUAAAACUGAGUUAUUAUUACCAAUUCUUUAAAUCAAACCUUCCUCAUGAGAAGGAAAAUUUUCUGAUCCAGCUCAAAUAAAAUGUUGCUUAUCAAAACAGUAAAUCCAUCGUUACACUAAUAAAAUGUUGCUUAUCAAAACAGUAAAUCAGUUGGUCCCAACAACCAGAACAUAGAUAAAUCUCAAACACUAAAUUUAGACCUCUAGCCCAAAAAAGAAAACAGAGAAAAACCGAGUAUAGGAAAGUACCAUUAUAUUCCACAAUAAAAUGCAAUAGAAAAAACUCGUACUGAGAAACAAGUCAUAGAAAUAAAAUAGAAAUGGCACUUAGAAUUUAAUCUUCGCAUAUGGGAGAUCUAAGAAGUCAGUCUGAGCCAAUUCCAUAUCAACUCUUGGAAACAAGAAGUAAAAAGCAGAUAUUGCUAAGGUGUGCACAAAUGAUAAGGCAAGAACAUGUCAGAAAUAAUGAAUUCAGGUUCAUGGAAUUGAAUUGAAUAUGAGAAAAGUUAUCCAAACAUACGCUUUAACAUGCUUUCCUGAACCUUCCUCUGAGAUCCUAUAUAGCUUCCCAUGCAUGACAUAUUCAAACUUGUCAGCAAGUGAUUUCUUGUUACCCUGCCAUCACGUUGCAAUACCAUCAAGUAUUAUCUGGAUUUCUAGGAGUUUGACCACCAGACAUAACAAGUAUCAGACGGUCAAAUGAAAAAUGAAGAAAAAGAAAGAAGUUCAUAUAUGCAUUUAGCUAGACAAUUACAUUAGAGGUUAGCUCUAAGCAUUGGCAGAGAUCUUUCUAUACCAAAGAACUGAACCAGAAUAGAUCGAACCCCUCCUUUUCCUUCCAAUUAGCGAGAUUCUCUCUUACUUAUGAUAUUGUGGUCAAGCCUAGCUUCUUAAGAUAUUUAGUUAUCAAACAGAAGUCUUAAUUAACGUUUCAAGUUUGGCCUCAUCAUCUGUUGCAUGGAAGUUUACUCAGAGUUUCAGUUAUUUUGUUUGCAUGGGUUGGAGCCAUGGGAGAAUAUGUGGCAUAUUAUAGACUUCCAUAGAAAUGUUUCCUUAUAAGCAUAUUUCAGAGCAACAAGUACGCCUAUAUGAAUCCCUACGAGAGGCUCCCUCUCUAUUUUCUACUGGUAUACUAAAACUAGACCUAAGGGUUAUAUCAUGACUAACCUUAACUCCAAGUAGCUGGUAUAACCUAUAUGGAUCUUUUGCUUAUGUUGUGUACUAUUUUUCAACAAGUUUAUAUGGAUUUCAAGACCAGGUGUAUUAUUAAAAUGAACGAAAAAAUAUUUAACCUUAGUACACUGUUUGAGUAAACCAGGUGUAAGCUUCACAGGUGAAGGAAAUUAUUUACAAGCCUAUAUAUUGAAAACAUAAGAGGAUGUAUAUUCAACAUUCUCCUAAUGCAUAAACUGAAGGAAAUUAUGGUCUACUCAUUGAAAAAGACAAGGGGUUCUUACAUAGACAACCAAAUAUAAAAUGCAUACAGGAGGAUGUUCAAGUACACAAGGAUCAGAAUAACAGCAAUUAGGAAACAUUCUUUCUAAUGGUAGCAGGUACAAGGAUCGUACAGUGUUUUAAAAGGCGUUUUCGGGGCGAGCUCCGGAGCGAGCCCUGGGGCGAAGCGCAUCAAACAUGCCCCGAGGCGAUGGUGUGGGGCGAAAAUCUCAAGAGGCGUACACACAGCAAUUUGGGGCAUAUGUCCGGGCGUUCGGGACGUACGCUCAGGCGUUUGAGGCGCGUUUUUUUAGUGAGGCGUAAGCCCCAGAGAUUUUUUCAAAUUUAAACAAAAUUUAUUGAAUAAGUCCAUAUAAUACCCCAAAUUCUCAAAAGUCAGCUUGGUAAUUACUCAAAAGUUUUAAAAAGGAAAUGAAAAGUAUUAAACUUAAAAGUCAAGACCUUUUUUUAUUGAUUGAAGCCCUAAUUCAUGGUCUUUCCAAAUUCUUUAUCUUAUCCGCUAAUCUGCUAAUAUCUCCCAAAAGCAACGAAUAUUCAAUUUUUUUGUUUACAAAUACAAAUAGAACUUCAUUCUCCUUCAUAGAAGCAAGUUCAAAGUUCAAAUUGCAGGUUAAUUAUCCUUUUUGUUCCUCCAUGUAGAAAACCUUAUAAAAUGUUAAAAGUUAAAUACCUAUGGGGCUUACGCCCCGUGCCUCGGGGCUUAUGCCUCGCUGAGGCAUAUGUAAAGCCUUUUAAAACACUGGGAUCAUAAUUGCAGACUAGAUGAGGUAUGGUUGUGGAUAUUGCAUGGAUCUUUCAAGAAACACUGAAAGAUUAGCUACAAAAAAUGUAUGUACUUGUACCGAAUGCUUAUACACGCACAGCAGAUACGAAUCCAUAGUCGAGUCCAUAAAAAUAUAUAGCAAUAAAAGAUAGAAUCACAUAAGUCAAGCAAUAGAUCUUUUUGGAAAUGGCGUGUUGAUUGAAAACCCAUAUUACAAAUUCUUUAGGGUUAGUAGAAUUUGUACAAUGGCGGAGAAUGUAAGGCGGGGAAUAAGAGAAUGGGCCUUGAAAGGGAGCUCCAUAGCUAUUUGACGAUGAGGAAACAUGCCAAAGCGAACUUAAAGAUAAUAAAUACCACACUUUACAAUCAUUGCAAAAAGACUCCAAAAAAUGACCUUUUUGACACAAAGGAGACUUGAAAGAUCUUGAUGUGUUUCCUUAUGAAUGAGAUCAUAGUUGUCUUAAGUUUUUAAGGGAUACUUAUAUGUUACGAGUUUAGGAAGUUAAAUGACCGCAAGACAGAUUUUCUGGUUUAGUUUUGGUGACUAGUUUCAAAACUGAAGACUUCAGCAAGUACUAUUUACUACUUUGGUUCAACAACCCAUAAAGUCAGUUUAAGGAGAUCCAUAAGCAAACACCAACUGAAAGAUGUUAAGAUAAUUCUAGGUUACCGAAUUUAUUUUGGUUCCCACUUAACUGGAUUUGACAAAAAUUGAGAUUGCAUAGUACCUUUGAGAAAACAGUAAAGCAAAAAUCUCGUGAACCAAAAAUAUUCAAUAGAAGCUAAAUGCGAAAGAUUCAUUUAAAAAAAUCAAAAUAUAGAAAGGAGAAAGAAAAACAAGGUUAUUUGGGAAAAUUUUGCUUCAAUGGUUUAAGUCUUAAAGAUAUCAAAGUACGGACAGAAGUUUAGUUCUCAUAACCAUUGGGGCGGCCAUGACGUUCCUGCAGUUUUCAGAAUUGAUUCAUACAAAAGGAACAGAAGCCUUGUAAGGGAAUAUAAGUCACUCUGAUUAGCAUGUCCCUCUACUUCUAGCAAAGUAAAUAUGAAAGCCCCAUUUGUCAUGAUGUGCCAUAACAGGCCAGUUCUAAUGCUUGGUGUUAGCUUUUUCAAGCCCUAGGGGAGGCAAGAUAGCAAGAAUAAGGUUGGAAACCAGAAGGGAGUUUGAGAACACCAAGGAACAUUGAGGAAAAUUAGAAAUUCGGACUCAGUAGAAACUAGAAAGUACUCAAAUCUGUCAAAGAUUUUGGAACCAAUAUGUGUAUGUGCAUACAGGUUUUUGGUCUCUCCAAAAUGCAAGAUCUGGAAACUAAAAGGAGAACCACAUAAACUUGGUUUCCUCUGUUUUAAAUCAAGACUGAGCCGAAUUGACAUUUCCAGUUCAUGCUACCUGUUUCUUUUAGCAUAUGCCCCAAUUGUGUUUUCCAAGCUCGAAUCAUGUUAACCCCAGUAAAGCUAUCAUUUAAGGCAAAGAAACUUUGAAAAAGACGAAAUAAAAACCCAAAAAGUCAUCUUUUAUCAAUGCUCAUGUAAAAAAGGAGAAAUGGAAAAAAAGUGAAAAAGACCAAAAUAAAUCCCAAAGUCAUCUUUUAUCAGUGUUCGUAUUUCUCAAAAAACGAGAGGAGUAAGAAAUGGAAAAAGGAUAAACAUGGCCAAUGAGGAAUCAUAUAGCCGACCUAACUUGUUUGGGGCUGAGGCAUAGUUGUUAUUGCUGGAGAAAAAAAAUGAAAAAGGGACCUAAUUUAGUCUCAGGCGAGUUGCCAAAACA